UUUUGAGAUGUCCAACGUGCAACGCUUAUCCACAAGAUCAACAGAAAGAGCCUCUGAUCUGUCAUGUCAUGCCAUUCCUGAACGGCCAUGGGAGAAGGUUGGCUGUGACCUGUUUGAGUACGAUGGAAGUGACUUUUUACUGACAGUUGAUUACUUUUCCAAUUUCUUUGAGUUAGAUCAAUUGAGAAGCAAAACUUCUGACGAAGUCAUAGGAAAACUGAAGUCGCAUUUCUCAAGAUAUGGAGUUCCUGAUCAGCUUAUCACUGAUAAUGGACCGCCUUAUAAUUCAGGAGUAUUUUGUGAGUUUGCGAGAGAGUUUGAGUUCGAGCAUAUCACCAGCUCCCCUGGAUAUCCGAAGUCGAAUGGAAAAUCGGAGAAUGCGGUACGGACAGCUAAACGGUUAAUGAAAAAAGCGAAAGAGAGUGGUAGAGACCUGUAUUUGUCUUUACUUGACUGGCGGAAUACCCCAAGCGAAGGAAUUGGAUACUCGCCUGUCCAGCGUUUAUUUUGCCGUAGGACGAGGACAUUAAUGCCAAUUGCUAAGAGCUUACUUAAGCCUGGUAUUCCGAAAAAUCUUGAACGUAAGUUGUUGGAACAGAAAAGCAAGCAAGCUUAUUACUAUAAUAAAGGCACGAAAGAGCUACCUGAAUUGAAAGACGGUGAUCUCGUUCGUAUAAAACCAUUAAAGAUAGCAGAGAAGCGUAAGCCAUGGGUACAAGCGAAAGUGGAAGGGAAAAUAGACAUUCGUUCCUAUCAAGUUCGAACAGAAGAUGGCAGAGUUUACAGACGAAAUCGACGUCAUCUUAAAUAUUCAAGGGAUCAACCAGAGGAAAGUACAGCACCCUUUAAUGCCCAUCCCCCCGAGAGUGAAACAAGUACUACAAGGAACAUUGAGCAACGACCAUGUGAGUAUCCCGUUAUUGUCCAACCCAGUGGUCAACCUGAUGAAGAAAUUGAGAAAGUUCCAGAAGAACAGCACACGGCUGCGAAAACAACAGAAGUUAUUUCAGAUGGUCAAUUGAGAACGCGAAGUGGAAGAGUUGUUCGAAAACCGUCUCGAUAUCAAGAUUGUUGUAAUAUUAGGAACUGA